AUGAUACAAGCUUUGCUUCACCGACUGCUCACAAAGACAAAUGAUUUGAACCAAGCACAACAAGAAUUAAAGUGGCUAGCUUUUUAUGUAUUACAACAAACUAAAAGUCCUAUUUUGAACAAAUUAAAAUCUUCAAUGAUUUCUACAAAUGAAAUUAUUCAAAAUUUAAAUAAUGAAGAAAAAAGGAUUUUAAACAAAUAUGUCACAGAAAGAGUUGAAAAAUCCAAACCAUUACAGUAUAUACUUGGAACUCAACCAUUUUGUGAUUUGGAUAUAAUCACAAAACCCCCAGUAUUAAUUCCCAGGUGGGAGACAGAAGAAUGGACCAAUCGAUUAAUAACUCUCUUGAAACCUCUUUUACAAACCACCACAUUAACAUCUCCGAAAUCUACCUUUAAAAUUAUUGACAUAUGCACGGGAUCAGGAUGUAUAGCAUUGUCACUUUCAAAUGCACUUCCACCAAAUUCAUAUUAUAUUAAUGGAAUAGAUAUUUCUAAUGAUGCACUUUCCCUUGCUAAUUUAAAUCUUUCAAAUAUGAGUUCUUAUAAAAAAUUAUAUAAUCACGUGGAAUUUUUUCAUCUUGAUAUUAUGAAAUCUACUGAUGAGCAAAUUUGCGAAUUUAUGCAUAAGAGCAAUGGAUAUGAUUUAGUGGUUUCUAAUCCACCUUAUAUUUCUUAUGAUGAAUAUUUAACAUUAGAUGAAGACGUUAGAUUGUGGGAAGAUAAAUUAGCAUUAGUUGCUGAUAAUAAUGGUACAAUAUUUCAUAAUAGAAUAGCUUACCUAACAGCUAAAUAUCUAUUAAGAAAAGAUAGUUAUUUUGCAAAAGUCUGGAAAAACAAGGUACCACAAUUGGUUAUGGAAAUUGGUGGAAGUCAUCAAAUAUCUAGAAUUGUUGGUGAAUUAAAGAAAUAUAAUUUUAAAUUUGUAAAUAUUUGGAAAGACAGUGCUAAUAAAGAUCGUUGUAUUGUUGCUAAUUUGCAUAACUAA